AUGUCCAUAUUUAUGGAAGUAGCGAUGCUGCCUUCCCCCGAGGAAGGAUGGGUUAGAAAAGGCUGCUGUGGGGAAUGCACAGGGUUCGACAUUGUCCUCAAUCACCUAGCAGAAAGAUCUUUGCUGGUCUGGGUACCCGCUGAUAGUGGCACCUGUGAGUUUAUUCUGGCAACUUCCGUUAAGGAGUCUCAUAAGCGGGCAGCUGAUCGUUGUCCGCCUAUCAUGUCUGCUUGCGUCCCAACCGACGGUACCCUUGGUGCUUUCAAAGACAGCUCUUGGGACGCCACUGUCCUGUUACAGUGGACAGAAACUUUAAAUGUCGUUGUGGUUGCCAGAAAUUUGAAUACACAGUCUGGAUGA